AUGCCUCCUCCGCGUGGUUCCGCUCCGCUACGGUUGCGCUUGGGGCACACGAUUCUAGCGCAGAGGCGGAUCCAACGACUGCGUUUAGCGAAACAGCAGCAGCAGCAACUAUCGGCCAGACCCGAAAGCCAGCGAGUGGGAUCGGCGAGGGCCACCUACAACAUGUGGGUUUCGACGAACAAGGUGCUGAUCGGGUCGGUGGGUGGCCUGAAGAAGACGCACUGCCGGAACCCGAACUUUGACUCCGAGGAGACGAAGCUCCUGAUUUCGCUGUGGGGCGACCCGCAGGUCCAGCGGACGCUCAUCACCACGCACAAGAAGCACCCGGUAAUCGCGAAGCUGGCGGAGAAGAUGCGCGAGUAUGGCUACAACCGGUCGACCGAGGAGAUCAACACGCGUAUCAAGAACUUGAAGUGCUUCUAUAACCGCAUCAAGAAGGACCUGGAGACGGGCGUCGUAUCGGAGACGUCGUGGAAACACUUCGCUGCCAUGGACGACAUACUGACGAGGCCGAUUUUCGGCAACAACCAUCUGAACAACGCAGCGGCCAGUGCCGUGGGUCGGUCACGGCCACGCGACCGGCGCCACUCGGAUGGUUCCAGCGACGUGCCGGAACUGCCCGAGGAUCAGGUGGAUCACAUCGACGUGAAGAUGGAGCUGGUGAGCGACGACGACAAGGAGCUGCGGGCCGAAGAACUGCUGAAAAAUGCGGAGCAGGUGGAGCUGCGGGAACCGAACCUGCUCAUCCCAAAGGACGAACCGCUGGACGAGGACGAGGACGAUCCGAACGAUCCGGACUUUGAGCACGACGGUGGUUCGGAAACGGAUGACGAAAGUUCCGGCAUGGACGAAGCGGACGAAACCGAGCGAUCGACGCGGCUGAGACGUCGCACGAAGCGGGUUCACAAGUCGAAAAAGUCAUCCCCAUCCGGUGGAGGACCCACGAUGACCGCCGCCACGGGUAACGCCGGAUCAACGCUGGCCGUUUCAGCGCCCACGUCCAGCGGAGCAUCCGGGGCUAGCGUUCCGGGAACGAUUAAAAUCAUCAACUACACGGGCACCGGUGGCAACAUAAAGCUGUCCACCGCAGUACCCGCAUCGGCCGCCUCAACCAUUGGCAUAACGACCUUAGCCGGUAGCUCGGGGGCCGCUGCAACCACCACCACGCAGAGCAAAAUAUCGCUCGUGCCGACGAACUUCCUGCUGAAGCCGCAGGCUUCCAACCUCGGCUUCAAGCAACCGAUCCAACUCUACACCAAGCCGACCGUUUCCCUCACGGGCAGUAAGCCAACCCAUACGCAGCCCAUCGUGUCUACAUCCGCCGGCGCCGGCAACCAACCGAUGAAACUGUUCCUGGUAAACACGCGCCCCAAGGAUGGCUCGGCCCCACAGCAGCAGCUGCUUGCCUCGAAACCACCGCAGCUAUUCAGCUCUACGUCGGCCGUCCCGAUGGCGACCGGUGUGUCGGGGCUGCCGAAAAUCAGCAUCCAGCCAAAGCUCGUCACCAGCGGCGGAGUGACGGCGCUGGGUGCGGCGAAAAUACUCCAGACAGCACCGGCCACUUCUACGAGAGUGAUUGCCACCCCCUGUGGGGUACGGGGACCAUCAAAGGCCGUCGGGUUCAAGUCGCUACUCAGCCAGCUGGUCGGAGUUUCUCGCGAAAAUCUCGGCAUCACCAAAACACGGCUGGUGGCCGAGAGGGAACGGUUCAGCAACGAGAAGUCGGUGGCCAAUGCGGUACUUAAGGCGCUCGGCGAACUGAAUACACUGCUGGCGGAAGUGAACGCCGCCAGUGCACCGGAACCGGAGGACCAGCAGCAGCAGCAGCAGGAACAGCGCAUCCGAAUAACGGACGUGCGGCACGACGAGACCCAUCGGCGACGAUCGGUAGUCGGAAGGGCGCUCAGUGACGAUGAACACCUGAAAACGGAAGUCAUCAGUGACUCCGAGGAAGGAUAG